UUGCCGGCAGCCCCCGGGCAGCGUUCGGAGCUUCUGCCCGGGCGGGCGCGCGGCGCGGCGGCAGAGGCGGCGGAGCCUGAGCUGGGAUGUAGAGGCGGCGGCGAGAGCAGGCGUCCGAGCAGAGCCAGAAGAGGAGAGCCUCGCCCCGGACAGCCCGGCCCCGCGUCCCAGCCUGUGCCUAGCCAUGCGCGUCGCCUGCUGAGUCGGGGCGCCGCACGCCGAGUCCUCCGCCCGCCGCGCCGCGAGGCGCUGCGCUCCGGGGUGAUUAGUUGCUUUUUGUUGUUUUUUAAUUUGGGCCGCGGGGAGGGGGAGGAGGGGCAGGUGCUGCAGGCUCCCCCCCCUCCCCGCCUCGGGCCAGCCGCGGCGGCGCGACUCCGGCUCUGGCCCCGGGCGCGGCGGGCGACUGGAGCGGAGCGCACCGCGGCGGUGCCCAGAGCGAAGCGCCGCUCCCCGCCCCGCCCCUCCCCCUCGGCCUCGCGGCGACCGUGGCGGCUCGGACGACUCGCAGAGCCGAGUACAGACGUUCCCACGCGGACACCUGACCAUGUGCCUGCCCUGAGUGAGCCCCACCAGACAUCUCGAUUGUGGGCAACUGGGCUACACACUCAUCUGUGAGCCCCCAGCAGUUUGCAGGCUCUCCCAGCAGUGGGGUCUGGGCCUCGGCCCCACCAUGUCGAGCCUCGGCGGUGGCUCCCAGGACACCGGUGGCAGUAGCAGUAGCAGCGGCAACAGUAGCACCGACAGCAGCAGUGGCAGUGGCCCAAAGGCAGGAGGAACAGACAAAAGUACCACAGUGGCUGCGACCGCACCAACCUCAGUGGCAGAUGAUGCCCCGCCCCCUGAGCGAAGGAACAAGAGUGGCAUCAUCAGUGAACCCCUCAACAAGAGCCUGCGUCGGUCCCGCCCACUCUCCCACUACUCUUCCUUUGGUAGCAGUGGUGGCAGCGGAAGCAUGAUAGGGGGGGAGUCUGCUGACAAGGCAGCCGCAGCUGCAGCCGCAGCCUCCCUAUUGGCCAAUGGUCAUGACCUGGCUGCGGCCAUGGCCAUGGACAAAAGCAACCCUACCUCAAAGCACAAAAGCGGUGCUGUGGCCAGCCUGCUGAGCAAGGCGGAGCGGGCCACGGAGCUGGCAGCCGAGGGACAGCUGACGCUGCAGCAGUUCGCACAGUCCACGGAGAUGCUAAAGCGCGUGGUGCAGGAACACCUGCCCCUGAUGAGCGAGGCAGGUGCUGGCCUGCCUGACAUGGAGGCUGUGGCUGGUGCCGAGGCCCUCAACGGCCAGUCCGACUUCCCCUAUCUGGGCGCGUUCCCCAUCAACCCAGGCCUCUUCAUCAUGACCCCAGCUGGUGUGUUCCUGGCUGAAAGUGCUCUGCACAUGGCCGGCCUGGCCGAGUACCCCAUGCAGGGAGAGCUGGCUUCCGCCAUCAGCUCAGGCAAGAAGAAGCGGAAACGCUGCGGCAUGUGUGCGCCCUGCCGGCGGCGCAUCAACUGCGAGCAGUGCAGCAGUUGUAGGAACCGAAAGACUGGCCAUCAGAUUUGCAAAUUCAGAAAGUGUGAGGAACUCAAAAAGAAGCCUUCCGCUGCUUUGGAGAAGGUGAUGCUUCCGACGGGAGCCGCCUUCCGGUGGUUUCAGUGACGGCCGGGAACCCAAAGCUGCCCUCUCCGUGCAAUGUCACUGCUCGCGUGGUCUCCGGCAAGGGAUUCGGGCGAAGACAAACGGAUACACCCGUCUUUAGAACCAAAAAUAUUCUCUCACAGAUUUCAUUCCUGUUUUUAUAUAUAUAUAUUUUUUGUUGUCAUUUUAACAUCUCCACGUCCCUAGUAUAAAAAGAAAAAAUUUAACUGCUUUUUCAGAAGAAGAACAACAAAAGAGGUAAAGCGAAUCUACAAAGUACCGAGACUUCCUGGGCAAAGAAUGGACAAUCAGUCUCCUUCCUGUGUCAGUGUCAAUGUUGUCUGUGCAGGAGAUGCCGUUUUUGUGUAGAGAAUGUAAAUUUUCUGUAACCUUUUGCAAUCUAGUUACUAAUAAGCACUACUGUAAUUUAGCACAGUUUAACUCCACUCUCGUUUUAAACUUCCUUUGAUUCUUUCCAACCAUGAAAUAGUGCAUAGUUUGCCUGGAGAAUCCACUCACGUUUAUAAAGAGAAUGUUGAUGGCACCGUGUAGAAGCCCCUCUAUCCAUCCACGUGUGCAGAGCUACAGCCAGAGCCCACUGGGACUGGAGUUCCUGUCCCAGGCCCAGCCUUGUUGCACCCACUGUCCCCUGGCUGGGACCCCCUACCCCAACAGUGACAGAUUUUGGAGAGAUGAGGAUUCUAUUCAUUUGUUGAUCCACUAAGAUCUGGGGAGCCCGCAUCUCAAUCCUGGCUACUUCCCCUAGAGAAAGCAAACACUCUUUUCUCAGCCUUGCUCUCAGCAACAGAAGAAAGGGCUUCUUCGCGGUCCCUCACCUACCUCCCGGUAGGGGUGGGUGCCCAGGGGGCUCCCUGCCCGUGGCCAGCUCCCUGCUGAGGAACAUGCUGUUUGUAUUGUUUUAGGAGACCAGGCUGUUUUGUGAAUAAAAUUGAAUGCAUGUUUGUGUCCUGA